GGACGAGAACGCGCAGUUUCGCCUCCAUCCCUUGACCUCCAACACAACUUCUCCACUGGAUCAUCGGUAGCGAUGAAGGGGCGGCUGGGGAAGGAUGUCAGAGAAACCAGAAGCUUGACGGUGAAUCCUCGGGUUUUAAGGAGAGAGCAAAGUCCUGAGAGGGCGACGUAUUGUCCCUGCUCACCUAGCCCAGAAUGAACAAACACGCGCCAGCCAGGGAGCAGCGAGCCGAGAAUCCCGACGAGCCUCUGCAACCGCCAUUUGCCGUUCUCGCAAAGACUACCAAGACCACAAUGCAACGGGGCGCCGAGCUAAUUCCCAGUGAGCAGCAGGCGAGGCGCCACCGACGCGGAAGACUACAAGCCCCAGCGGGCGACGACCGAACGCGCCCGGGAACACCGGGCCCCGAGCUCGGUCCCGCCCCCGAGGAUCCUCCACGGGGCUAGAUGGCUGCGUCGGGGGCGGGAGCGCAGGUGAGCGGGCGCUAGGGCCGCGAGCCCCCGCCGGCCCUUCCUCCAGCGCCGUGCGGACCCCGCAGAAGGCGCUCGCCUCCCUAACCCGCAAAAGCAUAUCGAUUUUUCUCGCUGUGGCAACGGGGACGUCCUGAUAGAUCCUCUGCUCCAAUAGGCAACUCCGGCCUUCCCUGCCCUGACCUGGAACCUCUGGGAGGGCUGCAGAGUAAGUGCCGCCUCUGUGCUCCGACGGAGGCACGAGGCCUGUGGAGUAGGUCCCUCUGUUCCGACAGGUGCGACACUUGGCGCUCCAUGCUUGCGGGCGCAGGGAGGCCUGGCCUCCCCCAGGGCCGCCACCUCUGCUGGUUGCUCUGUGCUUUCACCUUAAAGCUCUGCCAAGCAGAGGCUCCCGUGCAGGAAGAGAAGCUGUCAGCAAGCACCUCAAAUUUGCCAUGCUGGCUGGUGGAAGAGUUUGUGGUAGCAGAAGAGUGCUCUCCAUGCUCUAAUUUCCGGGCUAAAACUACCCCUGAGUGUGGUCCCACAGGAUAUGUAGAGAAAAUCACAUGCAGCUCAUCUAAGAGAAAUGAGUUCAAAAGCUGCCGCUCAGCUUUGAUGGAACAACGCUUAUUUUGGAAGUUCGAAGGGGCUGUCGUGUGUGUGGCCCUGAUCUUCGCUUGUCUUGUCAUCAUUCGUCAGCGACAAUUGGACAGAAAGGCUCUGGAAAAGGUCCGGAAGCAAAUCGAGUCCAUAUAGCUACAUUCCACCCUUGUAUCCUGGGUCUUAGAGACCCUAUCUCAGACAGUGAAAGUGAAAUGGACUGAUUUGCACUCUUGGUUCUUUGGAGCCUUGUGGUGGAAUCCCCUUUUCCCCAUCUUCUUCUUUCAGAUCAUUAAUGAGCAGAAUAAAAAGAGUAAAAUGGU